GCUUCAUCUUGGUUGUUUAUAUAAAGCAACCAAUUAUUUCCUUCUUUUCUUCUUCACCGGAUAAAACAAACAAUCCACCCUCCUCCGCCCUCAAAGUCAAGUCAGCCACCGUCCUCCGAUCCCAUGUGGAACCUCCUCUACCUCUUACCCUUAAUCUCCUUCAUCUCCGUCGCUGCUCAGCCUCCGGCACCUACUUCUCCAUGGCAGACAUUAACAGGAGAUUCUCCUUUCGUCGUAGCACGUGGUGGAUUUUCAGGAUUGUUUCCUGAUUCCAGCUCCAAUGCCUACAGAUUAGCUACGCUUACUAGUGUCUCCGAUGUUAUCCUCUGGUGCGAUGUUCAAUUGACUAAAGAUAGCUUCGGAAUAUGCUUUCCAUAUAUCAAUCUACAGAAUUCUUCCACCAUUGCUACAAUUUAUCUCGAUGGGAAGAAAACCUACAACGUUAAUGGAGUACGUACAGAAGGAUGGUUUCCUGUGGAUUUCAGACUUGCUGACCUAAGUAACGUCUCUUUAACACAGGGAAUCUAUUCUCGAUCACCAUCUUUUGAUGGCUCUUCCGCAAUUCUUAGUGUUGAAUAUGUUGCUACGACAGUAAAACCACCAGGGUUAUGGUUGAAUAUCCAGCAUGAUGCAUUUUACACCCAACACAAUUUGAGCAUGAGAAAUUAUGUGAUUUCUAUUUCAAGAACUGUUGUAAUCAACUAUAUCUCAUCACCAGAAGUGAACUUCCUUAGAAGCAUUGUGACAAGAUUCAGACGGCCAACGAAACUAGUUUUCCGGUUUCUAGAAAAGGAUGAGAUUGAGCCUUCAACCAACCAAACAUAUGGUUCUCUUCUUACAAAUCUGACAUUUAUCGCCACAUUUGCAUCUGGGAUUUUGGUUCCUAAAUCGUAUAUAUGGCCUGUGGGUAGUGAUUCAUAUUUGCAACCAUCUACGUCCUUGGUCCCGGAUGCUCAUAGGCAGAAUCUUGAAGUCUUCGCUUCUGGUUUCGUGAAUGAUUUGCCACUUCCAUAUAACUACAGUUAUGAUCCUGUUCAGGAGUAUCUGUCUUUUGUUGACAAUGGCAGAUUUUCUGUUGAUGGUGUGCUUUCUGAUAACCCAAUAACUCCAUCCAUAGCUUUUGAUUGCAUUGCUCACUCAGGGGAAAACAAAACACAAGAAAAGCCUUUAAUCAUCACUUUCGAAGGAGCUAGCGGUGACUACCCAGGUUGUACUGAUUCGGCAUAUGAGAAAGCUGUUUCAGAUGGCGCAGAUAUUAUCGACUGUCCUGUUCAAAUGACACAAGAUGGGAUACCUAUUUGCUUAGGUUCUAUAAACCUCCUCGAUAGAACAUCAGUUGCUAAUGCAGAUUUUACUGACCGUACGAUUAACAUUCCUGAUCUUCAAGCAACUGGAAUAUUUACCUUCAGUCUUACGUGGGCAGAUAUUCAGGGCUUGGAACCUGUAAUGUUCAGCCCAUAUGCUAGAAACUCAAGUAUGAUAAGGAAUCCGAAAUUUCAAAAUGAUGGCAAGUAUAUGACGUUAUCCGACUUUUUGAACUACGCUGCAAGAAAUGCUACUUCUCUUUCCGGUGUCUUGAUCAAUAUAAAGAAUGCAGCUUAUUUGGCAACUAAUCAAGGAUUAAGCGUGACAGAUGCUGUGAUGGAUGUGCUGAAUAGAUCUAGUUAUAAUAACAAUAGGCGCAAGAAAAUCUUGAUUCAGUCUCCAGAUAGUUCAGUUCUGAAGCUUUUCAAGGCAAGAAGCAACAGAUAUGAGCUUGUUUACGAGGUUAACGAGAAUAUCCGUGAUGCUCUAAACUCGACCAUUGAAGAUAUCAAGGAGAUUGCGAAUUCUGUUAUCAUUGGCAAAGAAUCGGUGUUCCCAAAAAGCGCAGGAUUUCUUGGAGGUCAAACUGAUGUUGUCGCAAAGCUUCACGCAUCCAAGCUCCCUGUUUAUGUUCAAUUCUUCCACAAUGAGUUUAUUUCACAGCCAUGGGACUUCUUUUCAGACCCGUAUGUCGAAAUUAACUCGUACAUUAAUGGAGCUGAGGUCGAUGGUGUUGUUACAGAUUAUCCAGCUACUUCUGCUAGAUACAGAAGGAACCUUUGUUUGGCAUUGCCGGCGGAACAGACGCCACAGUACAUGGUUCCUGCGGCACCUGGCCAAUUGUACACAUUUAUGACACCUGAAUUUAUGCCACCAGUUGGGGCUCCUCACCCUGUGCUGACAGAUGAUGAUGUGGCGGAAGCUCCAGUACCUCCAGCUAGGAGACCGUCUCCGCCGGCAGGUGGUGGUGGUGGUGGUGGUGCUCCACCACCUAGAGCGGCACCAAGUGGCGGAGAAAGUAAAGCUGUGGUGGGGAUUGUAGCUUGUGCGGCGGGGAUUGUUGCAACGAGCUUAAUGAUGUUUUGAAUUUGAGGUAUAUGUAUGUAUGUAUGUAUGUGUCUCAUUUUGUAAGUAAGUAAUUUAUUAGAAAACGAACAUUGAAUUCUUUGUGACCACGGAAUAAAUAUUUUGGUUUCUUUGUUUCAA